GUACAAAUCGGAGAAAGAUACAAGCAUGCUUUAAUUUAUAAUCUUUUUUUAGCUCUGUCUCCGGAAUUCCUCGAGUGGGAGGGCCGUAUUGUCGGUGGCCAAAAUGCCGCCUCCGGACAGUUCCCAUAUCAGGUUUCACUCCGCUCAUCUGCCAACUCUCACUUCUGCGGAGCGUCCAUCAUCAACAAUCGUUUUGUGCUGUCAGCCGCGCAUUGUACCGUCGGACGUACUCUGGCCAACACCCGUGUUGUCGUCGGAACUCACCUUCUGAACAGCGGUGGAAUUUCCCACGCCUCGUCUCGCAUCGUCAACCACGGAUCGUACAACGCCAACUCUCUCGCCAACGACGUUUCGCUGGUGCAGACCGCUUCGGUUAUUGCAUUUAACAACCUUGCGCAACCCAUUGGUCUGGGAGCUACCUUCAUUAACACUGCCGGUGGUGCUCUGGCUUCCGGCUGGGGUCGAUUGGGAGCCAAUGCCGGUAUUCCAAACAAUCUGCAAUGGCUGAGCACCAGCAUCAUCACUCUGGCUGAUUGCCGUAGCCGUCACUCGGCUGCCAACGCUGCAUCUGUAUUUGACAACACCAUCUGCACGCUGAGCCCAAGCGGUCAGGGUAUGUGCAUGGGAGAUUCCGGCGGUCCAUUGGUGCACGGGGGCAACCAGCAGGGUAUCGUGUCGUGGGGCAUUCCCUGUGGUCUGGGAGCUCCUGAUGUAUUCGCUCGUGUGUCUUCGCACCGUACCUGGAUCCUGAACAAUGCUGCUUAAGUUA